AUGUCCUGCUUCGGGGGCGACGACGAGCGGAUCUACAUGGUCGAGGUGCUGAUCCACAAAGUUACCCUGACGCACAGCAAGAUCAAAGAUAUCGGCGAGUACCCGAUCUCGAUAAAGGUGAAGUUCAUGAACUUCCCCGUGUUCGAGAUUACUCGACAGGACUUCUACUCUUACAAGCCACCACCCCCUGAGGACGAGGGUUGCACCCUGAGGUUCAUGAUAGGAAGAAGUUGCAUGUUCGUUAUGCAGCCCAAAGAACUGGUGAGGGAGUUGCAAUCGACGGCGAUGAAGGUCGGUGUGUUUCGAAUUGGCGACACUUAUCCAACAGCUGAGACGGAGGUAACCCUUCCCGGUUGCUUAUGCGACCAAGUGGCGAUGGUUCAGAACGACGCUGAGAAUCUUCCCAAACCUUUCGUGGUGAAGGGUGUCUACAACCUGGUGGAUCCUGGCGAGAAUCCUUCAGGCACGUUGGAACUGGAGCUGCGAUUGCUAUGCUUUGGCAGGUCCAUCAUGACUCAUUACGAGCUGCACCCCAAGUUCUUCACGUUCAGAAACCAGGACCAGGAACGAGAGUUCUGCGUUAGGCGACUGGUACCGCCCAGCUAUCGUCCAGACGGUCUCGAACAGGACAUUUCGGAAUUUCCAGACAGAACCACGAUGGACGAGUUGAAAGGCAUUCCGCCUAAGACAACGCGCAAGGGGAAGGGAAGGAAAGGUAAGGGAGGGAAGGGUAAGGGCAAGAGGAAGGGCAAAAAGUGA